CCGCAGCCCCCGCGCAGCAUGGCCGAGCCGCCGGCGGCAGCGCCGGCCCCCGAGGGCGAGGAGGGCCCGGUGCGCUUCGCCCGCAAGGGCGCCCUGCGGCAGAAGAACGUGCACGAGGUGAAGAACCACAAGUUCACGGCGCGCUUCUUCAAGCAACCCACCUUCUGCAGCCACUGCACCGACUUCAUCUGGGGCUUCGGCAAGCAGGGCUUCCAGUGUCAAGUUUGCUGCUUCGUGGUGCACAAGAGGUGCCAUGAAUUCGUCACCUUCUCCUGCCCCGGUGCUGACAAGGGCCCUGCCUCGGAUGAUCCCCGGAGCAAACACAAAUUUAAAAUCCACACGUACUCCAGCCCCACCUUCUGUGACCACUGCGGGUCCUUGCUGUACGGGCUCAUUCACCAGGGGAUGAAAUGUGACACCUGCAUGAUGAACGUGCACAAGCGCUGCGUGAUGAACGUGCCCAGCCUGUGCGGGACGGACCACACGGAGCGCCGGGGCCGCAUCUACAUCCGCGCUGACAUCGACAAGGACGUGCUCACCGUCGUAGUAAGAGAUGCUAAAAACCUAGUUCCUAUGGACCCUAAUGGCUUGUCAGAUCCCUACGUGAAGCUCAAACUAAUCCCUGACCCCAAAAACGAAAGCAAACAGAAGACCAAAACUAUCAAGUGCUCCCUGAAUCCUGAGUGGAACGAGACAUUUAAAUUCCAGCUGAAGGAGGCAGACAAGGACAGGAGGUUGUCUGUGGAGAUCUGGGACUGGGAUCUGACCAGCAGGAACGAUUUCAUGGGCUCCCUGUCCUUCGGGAUCUCUGAGCUGCAGAAGUCAGGAGUGGAUGGAUGGUUCAAGCUGCUCAGCCAGGAGGAGGGCGAGUAUUUCAACGUCCCCGUGCCUCCCGAGGGAGAGGAAGGAAACGAGGAGCUGAGGCAGAAGUUUGAGAGGGCCAAGAUUGGCACGGGGUCCAAGGCUGCGGAUGAGAAGACCAGGAAUGCCAUUUCCAAACUGGACAACAACGGCAGCCGGGACCGCAUGAAGCUCUCGGACUUCAACUUCCUGAUGGUGCUGGGCAAGGGCAGCUUUGGGAAGGUGAUGCUGGCAGAGAGGAAGGGCACGGACGAGCUGUAUGCUGUGAAGAUCCUGAAGAAGGACGUCGUGAUCCAGGACGAUGAUGUGGAGUGCACCAUGGUGGAGAAGCGCGUGCUGGCGCUCUCGGGGAAGCCUCCCUUCCUCACCCAGCUCCACUCCUGCUUCCAGACCAUGGAUCGCCUGUACUUUGUGAUGGAGUACGUGAAUGGCGGGGACUUGAUGUACCAGAUCCAGCAGGUCGGGAGGUUCAAGGAGCCCCACGCUGUAUUCUACGCAGCAGAAAUAGCCAUCGGGCUCUUCUUCCUGCAGAGCAAAGGCAUCAUUUAUCGAGACCUGAAGCUGGACAAUGUGAUGCUGGACAGCGAGGGGCACAUCAAGAUCGCUGACUUUGGCAUGUGCAAGGAGAACAUCUGGGAUGGGGUGACCACCAAGACCUUCUGUGGCACCCCGGACUACAUCGCACCCGAGAUCAUUGCCUACCAGCCCUACGGGAAGUCAGUGGACUGGUGGGCGUUUGGAGUCCUGCUCUACGAGAUGCUGGCUGGCCAGGCCCCCUUUGAGGGAGAAGAUGAAGACGAGCUCUUCCAGUCCAUCAUGGAGCACAACGUCGCCUACCCCAAGUCCAUGUCCAAGGAGGCCGUGGCCAUCUGCAAAGGGCUGAUGACCAAGCACCCUGCCAAGCGCCUGGGCUGCGGCCCCGAGGGGGAGCGGGACAUCAAGGAGCACGCCUUCUUCCGCUACAUCGACUGGGACAAGCUGGAGCGCAAGGAGAUCCAGCCCCCCUUCAAGCCAAAGGCUAAGGACAAACGCGACACUUCCAACUUCGACAAAGAGUUCACCCGGCAGCCGGUGGAGCUGACGCCCACGGACAAACUCUUCAUCAUGAACUUGGACCAGAACGAGUUUGCUGGAUUCUCCUACACCAACCCCGAGUUUGUCAUUAACGUGUAGUCGCGGCGCAGCCCUGUCCUCGCUGUCCCACGCCAGGUGGCCCUGUACAUAGGACACUAGUCUUCCGGGAUUAGCAGUGCAGACACACCUCCCCUCCCGCCAAACACGCCGGCCGCUUCUCCUCGGAGCCUCUCCGUGUCCGUGCCACUCGCUAGCUUGGCUUCCCUAGCCGGAGGUGUCCGGGGUGCCAGUUACCGGUCAGUGAUACUUCUAGGAACUGUAGUUGGUGGUGACUAAUAGAGUUUUUAAACAGAAAUAUACCAAACUGCUACGGUCUCUGUAACUUUCGCGGCGGGACGCUGAGGUGCCGGUGGCCCAGCUAGUCCCAAAGCGUUGCUGUGGAAUGCUAAGCAUGGUUGAUCGCUUAAAGCGUUGUGCUGAAGCUUGCGAUGAGUGUGAGCUUGUCUUAGAGGAGCCUUUUGUUCAAGACAUGGAUAUAUUUGAUCAGUGUGGAAAAAUCUGCUUCUAGACCUCUCUUUCCCAAUGCAUUGUCCAUAGGGUCAGCCCAGCUCCCACCACCCGCCUUCCCUGCCUCGGGCAUCGCGACUCCCGACCACUCCCAUGCCAGGUCUUGUAAAUCAGAGCAAACCUUUUUCUAAGUGCAAGGUGGGGGGUUUUUGUAACAUCUGGAACAGUUUGCAGUUUUGAUACGCUCUGUCAGCACUCGCAUAAAUCUUUCACAGACACUGUCGAGAUGUAACAGCUCUGUAAAGGAUAUUAAUACUCUACCAAAACAAAACACAUUUAUAUUCUUGGUUUACAAUUUACCGACUGAAAACAUGCCCAAGACCAAAGGGCUGCACUGAGGGCUAUUUAUAACGGAAACUUUUCUACUUUCCACCCUCUGCUAUUCUCUUCCAGGCUCCAAACCCAUGGAUUUCACAGACAUCUUGAUUUCCCUGAUUCCCACCAAAUUCCUGGGGGUUUUAGUCAGUAAUAAUUUUUUUAAAAUUCUGAGUGAGAAGAGACAAUUCCAGCAGCUGCUUGCGAGGCAGAGCCGUGGCGUGCGGGAGGGCAGGGGCAGGCAGGGGCAGGAGGGAGGGAGCAAGGACAGGAGGGAGAAGGCAGGGCUGGGCAGGUGAGGGCAGGAGAGGACAGCAGGGAGGAGGAGGUAGGGACAGGAGAGAAGGGCAGGAACAGGCAGGAACAGGGAGAAGAGGGCAGGAACAGGCAGGAGCAGGCAGAGGAGAGCAGGAGCAGGCAGGAACAGGGAGAAGAGGGCAGGAGCAGGCAGGAGCAGGCAGAGGAGGGCAAGAACAGGCAGAGGAGGGCAAGAACAGGCAGGAACAGGGAGAAGAGGGCAGGAGGAGACAGAGGAGGGCAGGAGCAGGCAGAGGAGGGCAAGAACAGGCAGAGGAGGGCAAGAACAGGCAGAGGAGGGCAAGAACAGGCAGGAACAGGGAGAAGAGGGCAGGAGCAGGAAGAGGAGGGCAGGAGCAGGCAGAGGAGGGCAGGAGCAGGCAGAGGAGGACAGGAGCAGGCAGGCACUGCCCAUCUGUGGCCAGCCAGUGGGUGACCCUGGCUCUGUUGGGUUGGCAGAGGCUGAGCCCCAGGUGAGCAUCCCCCAGGCCCUGUCACCCCGCUCCCAUCACAGCCCAGAGUGGUUUGCAGAACCCCGGCUGUGUUUUCUGAGCCAGCCCUGCUUCUGCUGGAUGCAGCCAUUCCUCCAGGCCCCAGGGAAAUGGGGGGAAUUUUAACAAUCAUGAGGAAUUCUCUAGAGGAAAUUCUAGUUUGUAGAUCUUUUAUAAACGUGAAACUCGAGCUUUGGAAAUUAUUUUUUUCUUUUAAUGAUUCCUUGAGAACUAGAGGCUGCCAGCAGCUGAGGUGCUGUCAGGGGAUGAGUGUCCCCUCCCUGUCACCCAGCCACGGGCACUGUCCUGUGCCUGCCAGGGGUGAGGGCUGAGCCCUCGGCCUCGGGUCCUGCCCUGGGCUGGAGGAACCCAAACCAAACACAGAAAAACUGCAAAUUGUGCCAGAUGGAGGAGGGGGUUCACGAGGGGCUCUGCAGCAGGCGAGGCCCAGGGGUCGGGGGCUGGGGGCUGGUGGGGGCUCCCCAAGCCCAGCACGCCCUGAGGACAGGGGCCAUCCUCUGCACCCACAGCUGCGUCAGAGCAUGUGUGUUCCUGUGACCUCAAAGCUGCUGCUGCAGAGCUAGUAUCACUUCAGUGGUGAAUGUUUUUAUUUUCCAUAUCUGUGGCUCUGAAGGCGCUCCCGGGGCUGUCCAGGAUGUGCUGGAGGGUCUCGGGGCUGAGGGGCACCCGGGGCAGUGGGCACAAGGCAGGAGCAGCUGUGGGGGAGUCACACCGCUCUGUGUGGAGCUGCUGUGUCCGUGUUGGGGUGACACUCGUGCAUGGAGCAGGCGCUGCUGGACCCUGAGCAAAGCAGGGGGCUCAGAGGGGACCUGCAGGGAAGCUGGGGUGUGGCACCAGGCACCUUUGGAGGCAGUUUGGGAUUGAGAUCCACGCUCCAGGGUGAGCCUGGCCAAUGCCAGGUCCCCUUCUCAGGACUCAUGUUUGAGUAUUCCUGACGCUGUCCCUUCUGCUGCUUGCCACACUUAUUCCAGACUCACUUCCAGAUGUCCUGUGUCUUCUGUGGAGGAAUGUACAGUGGGAUGUGCCUGGCCCUGCACAGACACAGAUCUGUGUGGACUCCUCCAAGGAAGGGCAGAGUGACAGGGGUUGAGCCACUGGAAAGCAGAGCCUUGGGAGGAUGCUCAGAGCUGAGAGCCUCAGGAAGGCCCAGGUGCCCAGUCCCCAGGUGCCCCACAGGUGUGUGGAGAAAGCCCAGAAAUCCAUACCUGGAGCUGCUGGGGAUGCAGGGGAGGGGAGCCUCAGCUCUGGUGUCCCACCUGGAUUCAGUGGGACUGGCAGGGCUCCCCUGUGGCAGAGGGGGACCCAGAGCCCCGGGGGAGGGCAGAGGAGGGGCUGAGUUGGCAGGACAUGCACAGGAUGGCACAUGCUGGCUUUGUCCUGCUUGGAUUACACCCCAGUGCUACAGGUAAGUGGGCUCAGGCUCUCGCUGGAUUCCCUGGGACAGGGUGGAUCAGACAGCUGCCCCUUGGCUGCUGCUCCCAGGGCAGCCCCCCUCGUUCUGGCUGGGAGCUGCUGCUGUGCCUGUGUGCCCUGGCCGGGGCUCUGAGCAGCCUGCUCCUCAUGAGAGCAUCACCAAAGGAGCUGUCGAUUGAUUUAACCCAUUUAAUGAAUCAAUCACUGCGAGUCUGUGCAGUGGCCAGCCCGUGCAGGCAGAGGGGAGAAGAGUGCAGGGCAGUCGCUGUGCUCCGUGGUUGUGAGUCCCAGAGCUGUGACCCCGGGGAGGAGCCGAGGGGAUUGGAGCUCAGCACUCGGGAUUGGCCGUGCCCGAAGCUGGGAUUGCACCUGGAGGUGCCACCUGCUCCCGCUGCCCGGCGCUGUGGCAGGAGCAGCUGUGUGACCACAGCCUCUGGCUCCAUGCAUGGGUGUGUCACCUGAGCUGUUUGUUUCUGAUCACAUUCAAAGAGGCAAUUAAAACAAGGAGGGAAAAAAAAAAGAAAAAAAAAAAAGAAAAAAAAAAGAAAAAAUGUUUCUUGUUGAACAGUUUGUGUUCGUGACUUUGAUUUCACCUGCAAGUAUUUGAUGACUUUUCUACAUCCUAGACUACCUGCUGUGUGUUGUCAAACGGUUCUCAUGAAGACCUCCUUUUAGAUGGGCAUAUACUCUGGAUUCAAUUUGCUGCAUGUAUGAAAAAAUAAAAUAUUUAAUUUUAAAGAAA